CAUGAAAGGGUGGUCUUGAAGGUUUCAGUUGAUGUUGGGAGAGAUCAACUGACCCUGUCGGGAUCCAGAUCGAAUCAGGAUCAUUAAAGUCAUCUACCCCAACACAGACCUAGGAGGACGAUUUGGAAGAUCCUCUGCUGCAAGGACCAGAGUUCAGUGGGCUGAAGAUGACUCCAGUCUGCCUGACGGGGCGAGCCGGCUGGACCUGCCUGAGCCAGUCAGUGGUACGUCAUGUACCACGGCACCUCCAGUCAUGCUGCUCGAUCCAUCCUGGCCCGUGGAUUUCAACGCUCCAUAGACGGGAUGCUUGGCCCCGGCGUCUACCUCAGCAGAGAUCUGGAGAAAGCCAGACGCUACCCACUCGAUCAUCCUGAGCACGACAAGGUCGUCAUCAGAGUCGUGGCCGACGUAGGCAAAGUGAUCGUCAUCGAUUAUCAAGGCCACCCACGUCAGAAGACCUGGCAAGACCCAAGAUACAGUGAGAUAUACGAUACGGCCUGGGUGCCACCCAACUGUGGUGUAACCCCUGUAAAAAAACCUGACCACAUACCAGAGUCCUGUAAUGGUCCAGGACUCAGACGAAACUUAGAGUCUGCAGGAAAAUUCCCCUCACAGCUCUUCAGUUUUCUUUGGAGCAGACUGAAGCAGAGCUCACUCCUCCAGGAACUAACACAGAGUGAUCCUGACACCAACAUAAUGUACCAGUGGGCUGAAGAUGACGGUAACGUGCCUCCUGGGGUUAGUCGGCUGGGUCUCAGUGAGCCAGCAAGCGGUCGGACGUAUCUGAUGUACCACGGCACCACCAGGGCGAACGCACAAUCCAUCCUGCGCACAGGAUUUCGCCGGUCUGUUGACGGGAUGCUCGGCCCUGGCAUCUACCUCAGCAGAGACCUGGAGAAGGCCAAACUUUAUCCCAGAUUUACACCUCCAUUCGACAAAGUCAUCAUUAAGGUUGCUGUCAAUGUUGGGAGAGUGAAAAAAAUCGAUUGUCAAGACCAUCCAUUACGGACGACCUGGCACUACCACGGAUACAACACGGCCUGGGUACCACCAAACUGUGGGAUGGUGUCAAGCGGUCUGGAGGAGGACUGUGUUUGGGAUCCUAAUCAAAUUCAAAUCCUUGAAGUCAUUUAUCCACACCCUUAGGCCUGGGCAAUAUGGUCCAAAAAGUCUAAUGCCAGAUUUUCUUACUUGCAGAAGCUUUGCUGCUUGCUCACAUUCUUUCGAUGAUACCUUUUUUUAUUUUGGACUAAAAGUUGUGGACAGAAGGUCUCUGACAUUCUUUACUCACUGGAGACAUACUUUUUGAAAGAUUACCACAAACUUCUACAGAAAAUUGCCGUGCUGGAGACUAAAACUCACCACCUAGAAGUUGAUGUGGAAGUAAACGGACUAGGUGGGAAUGACACCGCUUUACGAUUGGCUCAAAUCAGUGGACAGGAGCUAGCUAACACACAGCUAACGAGCACAGAAAAAGCUACCACGAAACAGGUAGGCUCUGUUCUGUGUAAUAAAUUUACAAGUAGUAGUCCUCACUGGAACCACCUCGGAGCAAAGCCCCUCUGCCAAGGACUUUAAACAAAAGGAAUCAGCCAGGGAGAAAGACAAAAACACAGCAGAAUAAAAACCUUGAAGAGGAACAACAUUCACCCCCACCCAAGGAGAGCUCUGAGCCAAAGAGGCAUCAGAGUCUAGAGGAGGAGCAGUCUCCACAGGCCUCCAUCCCCCUCAACAACAACAGCACCUAUGACGGUCCACCUGCCUCACCCCCUCAAACCCCAACCAGGUCCCUCUCUUCCUUGCUCUCCCUUUCUCCCUCCUCACCCCAUUUUGAGUUCACUGACCAGAUGAAGGAGCUGGUCAAUGCUGGACUAAGAUGUACCCCCGUCCCUUUCCCAUCUUCUCUCCUAUGUCUCCUAUAUUUCUCCUAUCUCUCCUCUCAUAUUCACAAUUUUCUAUUUUCGCUUGAACUCUGCACUGUAACUUUUACAUGUGUGGUUUUAUCUUUUUUGGGUUUUAUGUGCUGUUUUUAUCACCUUUUACCUUCUUCUUUUAAAUUGUUUUAAGUUAAGAGCUUGGAGCUCAGACAAGGAUCCAGUAUUGGCCAGAAAUGUGAAACUGCCUGGGACAGAAUUCAGUCUCCAGACCAGGGUUGAGAGGAACCUGGGUUUUUAUCUUUUGUGUAUCUUAUUUGCUGUUUUUAAUCACUUUUCACAUGUUUCGUUUAAAUGUUUUCCAUUGUGUUUCUUUUUUUCCUUUGUCAAUGUAUUUUAAUGUCCUGUGUGAAGCACUUUGAAUUGCCUUGUUGCUGAAAUGUGCAAUACAAAUAAACUUGCCUUGCCUAAAAAAUUCGAUUAAUGAUUACCAACUGAAUUUUCCUCUUGGGUAGGAGUAAGCUGUAAUUUGGUCUCAAAAAAUGCUUUUUUACUGCAAGGAGAAUUUACAUCAACACAGAAAGGCUGCAAUUAUUUGCAGAAACCUGUGAUGGCAUACAGAAUUCAUGUUUGAGCAUAACAUGACAAAGAUUUUUUUAAAUCUCUAUUCUCUAUGUAUUGUGCUACUGCUGCUAUAGUUUUAGGUUUCACUUCUGUAAUGCUGAUGUGAGUCAGGCUACAAUUGACUAACCCUUAUUUCUUACUGGGGGCAAUCACAAUAAAAGGCAUCAAUAAAUAGCAGCAUCUACACUAUGUAUAUAUACAGUGCUUAACAAAUUUAUUAGACCACUACCCAA